GUAGUAGAAAUAGUAACGUCAAAUUGACAUUUGCGAUUUAUAAGUGCGAAAAGGGGGUUAAAUUUUAUUUAACUUGUAGCUGAAAAACACGCAAUGUCGCCUGCAGUACGACUCCCAGGCCCCUUGCGGCUAAUUGGCAAAAAACACAUAGAAAUAGCUUCGCAAUGGAUCGGGUCUGCGAUUGCCUUUGGGGCCACAGCAGGUGUGGGGAUUACGUACGCCACUGACUGGAAGCUUGUCUUGCAGUUUAUGCCCUACUACAACGGGAAAUUCAAGGAGGAGGAAUAAUUUUUUGUAAUUAGUAGUCAUUAAUAAAAUUAUCAAAAUUU